GUGAUUAUAUGCUCUUUGAUUUCGUCCUACAAAUAUGUCGAAAAUGACUAACGUAAAUUCUAGUUUGGCUUACGAAAUAUUGUUGUACUUAAAUAAUUUUUAUUUAGGCAUGUUUUUCGUGUGUGAAGUGGCCAUUGGGAUUUUGAAAGCGAUAAAUGUGUCGUACCCAGAGAACGCCUUGCUAACUGAAACUGGUAUUUUCGGCGCCUUGUGUGUUAUUGAGGCUUUCCGUAUAUUUUUGGGACAGACAGGAAACUUGUCUAGUAAAAUUCCUGUGUUCUUUUCAGUCCUACUCACAAUACCAUCAGCAGUAGGAGUCUGCUACUUCCUCAUCUACCAAACCUACAUUAUAAGGCUGGAAUACAUCUGGUGCGCUGUAAUGCUCAUGUUCCACGCCCUCGAGAUGGCCUUCGCCAUCCUGUUCAUAUUCACAGUGUGCAAAAACCAACAAUAUGAAUAGAAUAAGUUCCAAAGUACCUCAGUGCCAAAGAGAUACUAAUAAUGCCAAAAGCUUAUGGACUGAAAACUAUAACAUUCCAAUUUUAAGGCAGUGUUUUUCUGUUCAUAAAGUAGUAUUUUAUAUACAAGUGAUCUAUGUAACAGACAUUUGAAGGAAAGUUUUUUGUAGGAAAUAUUUAGGUGAAGGUAGUUAGGUAACAUAUAUGCUUUAUUAAAGCCUAAGUAUUAUGUAGUUUAUAUUUAAGUGUUUGUUGUUUGAAGCUUACUAGUUGUAAAAAAUACAUGACAGUCAAGAAGC